UACAGGUCACAUUUGCAUUCGGAAAAGAGAAGCCAAAUAACCAAAGUAUUUUCCUCGCUUUUCAUCAUUGGUAAAGGAUUUCGGUAGAUGAGCCAUGAAGGAAGACGACAGUGAUGUAGCUGGUCGACCACAGCCGUUACAGUUACACCAGAUGUCCACUUUGACCAGUAUGUCGAACGGUGGCCAGAGUAUCCAAUCCAAUGCCCUACCCUCCUUGACCCUUGGUCAGCUUCAAGGGGCCGGGAUCCAACAGGGAGGCUUUGUUCUCCAAGGCCUGUAUGGCCAGCCUGCUGUUCCCAUGCAGUUACCAGUGUCAUCUCCAGCCAUCAGUAACAUCCAGCUGUCCACAGAGAAUCUGCAACAACUGCAGCAAACCAUCCAGCUGCAGAUCCAGCAACAACAACUACAACAGUUGCAGCAGCAGCAGCAACAACAACAACAACAGCAGACAUUACAGCAACAGCAAUCACUACAGCAACAGUCACAGGCAGUUACACUCGCCACAUUACAGCAGGCAAUACAAAGUCAGGGACAGGCUAACUCCAUACAGCCGAUGCAGCAGAUUAUUUUCCUGAAUCCGUCCCAACUGACGGCAGCUCUUCAGCCACAGUUUAUGAUCCAGGCACCCACUGCUGGUGUUGGUGGUUUUAUUGUGCCCGGUCUGACAUCUUCCCUACCUGCGGUGUCACUCACCCAGCAGGCCACACCUAUAAGGUUUGAUACCCCAGUCAGCCUUACACAAUCCCUCGCACAACAACAGCAACAACAACAACAACAACAGGUUACUGUGACGACAACCUCAGCGACCCCACAGUUGGUCAACAUGGCGGUCACAAAGACGGAGCCUGGCUCAGAGGGUACCGGCAUCAAUACAGACAUUUCUACAUCCGGUCUCCCCUCUUUAAAGUUUUGUGAGGAAGAAAACAUAGACCUGGAAGAGUUGGAACAAUUUGCCAAGUCAUUUAAGAGGCGGAGGAUAGAAUUAGGUUUCACUCAGGGCGAUGUGGGGCUUGCAAUGGGAAAGCUUUAUGGGAAUGACUUCAGCCAGACAACCAUAUCCCGCUUUGAAGCUCUCAACCUUAGCUUUAAGAACAUGUGCAAACUGAAACCACUGCUCAGUAAGUGGCUUGACGAUGCCAUAUCAGUCACGUCAACUGCAAACUCCGAGGGCCAGGACGGGGAGGAGGGGGGUGUUUCUGCAGAGACACUGGCUCGGAGGCGGAAAAAACGGACUAGCAUCGAAACAACACUUAGGGUAACCUUGGAAAAAGCGUUUUUGAGCAAUCCCAAACCGACUGGGGAAGAGAUAGCUGGAUUAGCGGAAAGUUUGAACAUGGAAAAGGAAGUGAUAAGAGUGUGGUUUUGUAAUCGGCGACAGAAAGAGAAGAGAAUAAAUCCAUCUACAUCGUUUUCCCAGAUGCAAUCAUUGAACCAAAUGUUCACAGUUGUAGCAAAAGCUCAAAACAAUAUGGCUGACACUCCUAGUUCCUCUGCUUCAGUUGAUAACUCGGCGGAUGGACAGUCGCAAGAAAACUCUGUGACAUUUAACAAGAAUGGCAGCAUAGCUCUUACACAGUCAAGUGGAACUAACAUUAUUACAGUUUUAUCUAACAGUGGUGACAAAACAGCAAAUUUAACUGACGGUCUUGGUGGUUUUCUAGUGGUCAGUAAAACUUAAUGGUCUGUGAAAGCAUUAGUUAAACAUAAUGGUGUGCUAAUGCAUAAGUAAAACAUAAUUGGCUUUAGUAAGACUUAAUUUUCUGAUAAAGCACUAGUAAUACUUAAUGGUGUGCUGAAGCAUUAGUGAGACUUAAUGCUCUGGAAAUGCAUUAGUAAAACUUUAAGGUCUGCUAGAGCAUAAGUAAGACUUAAUGGUCUGAUAAUGCUUUAGUAAAACUAAAUGAUGUGCUGAAGCAUUAGUAAAACUUAAUGGUCUGCUAAAGCAUUACUUAAUGGUCUGCUAAAGCAUAAAUAAGAUUAAAUCUUAAUGGUCUGAUUAUGCAAUAGUAACAUGGUGCGCUAAUGGAUUGAAUAAACUGAACAGAUUGUCAAUGCAUUAGUAAAACACAUUUUUCUUAUAAUGCAUGUUAUCAUAUAAAAUGUUUUAUUUUAAAUUCUGUAACUCUUAAAAUUGUCUUCCAAUGUCUUCUUUAUGUUUCUUGAUUCAUUCUGUGAAUGAAUUGCUUAAUAGAUUUAAGCUCAUUGAUUUUACUCAAGUUUUUGUUGAUCUUGACUUUGUUAAUGAUAUGACAAUUUUACAAAUGAUCUAUUAUUCUUUAUUUAUAUGAGUUUUGCCUCUCUAAAAAAUGUUAUUUCUAAAUUAUAUCAGAGUUCAAUUAAAGUUAUAGGGUGGUACUUAGUCAACAUGUUUAUUUAAUCAUGACUUGAUCACUUUAUAGGUCUAUUAUUUAUACUGCACAGUCUGAUAAGCUGGGUUGUAAGGUUCAGUUGAGACAUCAAAUAUCAAAACAUGAUUUUCAAAUAAUAGUCAUGUUCAUCAUGUUCAAACUGGCAAUUUCUAUUUAUUAACUAUAGAUUUUUUAUAGAUGCUCGUUAUUUGCACUGACUUUUCCGUCUAAAGAGCAUAUUGAGAUAUACCAGUAUGAUGAAAAUCAGGUUUAAUGUCUUCAGCCAGCUAGAAUUUAGGCUGCUAAAUUACUUACAACUACAUUUUCAUUAUGUAAGCAAUUUAGUAAAAUUGAAAUGAGCGUAAAGGAAUAUUGCAGAUUCAAUAUUUAUUUUAAAAUGUGCUAUAAAAUACGUGGAAUAAUAAUUGAUAGAAUCUGUUUGUUUCUGUACAUGUAACUUAAAAUAUGCUUUAAGAUUAUUCAUAGAAUCUUUCUGUUACAGUCUGUAUCUUGUUAUGGUCUCAUUUGGUGCGUUUUAAAUUGACUGAAAUUUAUAGGGUGAAUAUUGAUAGUUCUUUGGUGGUAUUUGACUCUGAUCUUAGUCCUAGAGAGAAAUAUAUAUAUUACGUUAGUCUGUUAAGCUGUUGGAUUGUAUCACUUCAAGAUGCUUGUGUGAAGUCCAUAUUGCACGAAGACCGCAGGUGGAGUGUUAUGUAUCUUUACACAAGCAACGAGACUAAUGUAAUAUUUCUUUUAUUUCAUAUCUAUCAAAUAUAUAUAUUGGACCCAUAUGAGCUUUUCGCCCACAAACAUGGCAUGGCAUGUGGUGAUCAAGUAUGACGUUGUCAGCGAAAAAUAAGUCCUGCGGGAAACAGCACAUUAUGUAAGAAAUAAUAACUAUCCUAUGUAAUUGGAUGUACUGGUUUUAACCAAACUGUUUUUAAAUGCUAAUUUCAAAAUAACAAUGACUGCUAAGAUGCACUACUUCAUACAAAUGACCUCAGUUAAUCCUCCGCAGGACUAUUUUUGCUGACAGCGUCGCAUAAUAGGUAGAUACACACAACAGGAUUUCAGACUGUUUCAGUAAAUAUCUUAAAUGAUAUAAGAUGUAAAUUGCAAUUAUCUGAGUGCCAUAUUUUGAUUAAUUUGCUACAUAUUUUUGUGAAUUUAACUUCAGCCAGAUGAAUACAAAGAUAACUAAAUUAAAUAAAUCAACUUGUUGACAUUUCUACAAAUUUAUUAGUACUGAAGUUUGACUAAGAUCCUUUACUGAAACAGGCACCUGGACCCUGUCUUAUUAAGAUAAUAAUUAUCUUAGUCAUAAACCUUGAGCUGCAUAAGAGUUCUCAGGUUAAACCGUAAAGUAACGGGCAUAAUCUGUGUGAUAAAAGGUCUUUACGAUAUUUUUAUUGAACAUAACUUACGCCAAAAUCAUAGUUUCGCCUAGAAGUUUUGAUCUUAAGCCGAACACUGUUCAAUGAAACAGGGUCCUGAUGCAUCAAUUGGUUAAAAUGGAACAUGUAACAAAAGACACUUAAUUUAUCCUCAAGAUCAGUUUUGAAUGCCUCCUAUAUAACUAUGAUCCAUGGUGCUUACAUCUAAUGGUUGUGAUUUUCAUGGCAUUUUUCACUGUCACAUAACUUUAUUAAAUAAACUCUCAUUGUAACAUUGCUCCGAAAUAGUCAUCAAAUUACAUGAUUGUAUUGUCAGUUUUUAUUGUGAAGACACAAUUGAUUACUUUGAUAACUCAUAAAUUGGAAAGAAAAAUAAAUUGUGAAAUAAC